AUGGACCAAAAUCCAGUGGAAUCCGAUUUCAUACUGCGAGCGCCUCCGCCCAAUUUUAAUGCCACUCCCGGCAGCAUCGUCACCGACAUCCAAACCGCUCUCGACAACACCCGCCAGCUACAGGACCAUCUCGUCGCAUCCAUCCUCCCGGAAGAUGCCACCUUUGCCACCGUCCUGAUGCCUCUCGCCGAAGAUGAGAACAAAACGUUGGCCCUCCGCCGGCUGCACCGUUUCUACGGGUCUAUCGCCCCCUCCGCCACCCUGCGCGACGCCAGCCACAGAGCAGACAUCCUGGUCGGCGACUUCGAUGCCCAGACACUGCUGCGCGAGGACCUGUUCCGGCUGAUCGACGCCGUCGUGCAGCGCGGCGAGCCUCUAGACCCGGAAUCGCAGUCCUAUCUGCAGCGCAAGCACCGCGAUUUCGUGCUGAAUGGUAUCCGGAUCGAUGACCCGGUAAAACGGGCUCGCUCUGCGGAGGUCCAGCGUGAGCUCCGCCAACAGAUUCUGGCCUCGCUGAAGAGCAUCAAUGCCACUUCGGGGAUCUGGCUGACAGAAGAUGAACUGAAGGGAUUUCCUGAACCCGCCCUCGCGGGGCUGAAAAGAGGCGAAGACGGCAAGGUGUGGUUCCCAUUCAAGCGGCCGCGAUGCAGUUCGUCGAGAACGAGUCGACCAGACGCAGACUGUUCUACAUCUGGGACUACGACUAUUACAGAACGCGGACCAAGGCUGAAAAGUGCUCGUUUGACGAGAGAAAGUUCUCGGAAUUUCUCCCUGUACCGGACGCUGCAUGGUAUGAUGGCCAUUUUCUCGCGACUGUUUGGCAUUCGGUUUCGGGAAAUUCCUCCGGAUCAGUACGCGCUGUUUGGCGAGGGGCAUGUCAUGACCUGGCAUGAGGAGGUAUCAGUUUACAGGAUAUACAACAUCGUCUGGACAGCGCCGACAUCCCGCCUCCGCCUUGGUGAUGAACCUCCCCAAGCCCCUGCCACACAAACCCAGCCUGCUGCGACACGACGAGAUCCGCUCGCUGUUCCACGAGCUGGGGCACGCAGUGCACAAUCUCGUGUCGCGGGUGCGCUAUGCCGUCUUCCACGGGACGUUUGUGGCGCGCGACUUUGUCGAGAUUCCCAGUAUCAUGCUGGAGAACUGGUGGUGGACGCCAGCCGUGGUACAGGAGCUGGGGUAUCACUAUUCGUAUGUCAGCGAUGGCAAUUUCGCUACAUCUCCACAGGAACGACCCCCGGAACGUCUGGACGACGAGACGAUCCGCAAUCCUCUCCAGACCCGUCAUCUGGACAGCGCGCUGGGCGUCCUGAUACAUUCCACCUCACCAUGUUCGACAUGGCGGUACAUUCGCCCUCGACGCGCGCCGAGGCUGAAGCCAUGAACCUGUCCGCGAUGUGGAAUCGGAUGCUGAGCGAAGUGACGAUGCUAAGCGGGUUGGAGGAAGAAGACGGAUGGGAAUGGGGACAUGGCUGCACGCGCUUUGGGUUUAUUGUCCGGGGGUACGAGGCUGGAUAUUACGCUUAUCCGCUCGAUGCGAUUCCGCCGGACGGUGCUGGAGCCUGCUGGGAGUUGGGAGGGAAUGGAGCUGCUGGAAGCGGGGCGACGGUAUACAUGGCGGCGCGCAACAAGGACAAAGCCGAGGGGGCGAUUCGGCAGAUCGAGUCUGCAGCGGCCAAGAAGGACAAGGGAGGACAGCAGCAGGCUAGGACCGGGAGUCUGAAAUACCUUCCGAUUGAUCUCAACGACCUGCGCACAGUCAAACCGUUCGUCGAGGCCUUCCUCGCAGCGGAGACGAGGCUGGAUCUGCUGUACAACAACGCCGGCGUCGCCAAUGUGCCGCCCUCGCGCCGCACCGCCCAGGGCCUCGAGACGCAUCUCGGCGUCAACUGCGUGGGACACUAUCUGCUGACGCAGCUGCUGGCUCCGAUACUGGUGGCGACGGCUAAAGACCCUAAUACGCCCCCAAACAGCGUGCGCGUCAUCUGGUCCAGCAGCAUGCUCGUCGACGCGCUGGCGCCCCCCGAGGGCGUGCCGCCGGGGGAGCUGGACAAACCGCACCGCGACCAAGACCGCAACUACGCCAUCAGCAAGGCCGGGAAUUGGUUCCUGGCGGCGCGGCUGGCCAAGCAGCUCGGGCCCGAGGGCGUGGUCAGCAUCACGCAGAACCCGGGCAAUCUGGUCACGCCCAUCUGGAAGGAAACCAACCGGCUCGUCUACUACGCGGUGCGGCCGGUGCUGUACAAGACGGUGCGCGGCACGCAGACGCUGCUGUGGGCAGGGCUGUCCCAGGACAUUACGGUGGCGGAUGGCGGACGCUAUGUGAUUCCCUGGGGGCGAUGGCAUCCGAAUCCGCGGAAGGAGUUGCUUGAGGCGAUCAAGGAUGAGGACGAGGGGGGGAAGGGCUAUGCCAGGGGGUUUGAGGAGUGGUGUAAGAAGGUGAGCGAUGAGUUUAGGUAG